GUCAGUCGAUUCAGAAUCUGCCGAGACCUUGAUUCUAAAAAAGAUUUCAACAUCGUGAAAGAGGAAAAUCUUCUGCUAACUAGGAUAAAAAAUGAAGGCUGGCAAUGCCGUCCUUCUCCUGGCUGCUUUUGUGUUCAACGUCAUUCCUGACACGGAACAAGCCAAUUGGACUUACGUUUACUAUCCAAACGGAACGAUUGAGGAUGUGGACCUAACAACAGAACCGGUAGACUUGAACCACACUGAGACUGAGCUGGACGCCGAUGUCUUGUUCUAUCUUUACACCUAUGACAAUCAGUCGACGCCGGUAGAAUUACACGUGAACAACAGCGAGACUCUUUCAUCGAGUAAUUUCAACGCUAGCAAUCCAACAAUUGUUGUUAUCCACGGAUGGCAAAACACCUACGAAAGCGACAUGCCCACAACGGUUCGCGACGCCUACCUCGAGACCGGCGACUACAACGUCAUCGUCGUAGACUGGAGCACCUAUUCCACCGGGAGCUACAUCUACGCUCGUAGAAACAUCGUCAGUGUUGGUAUAUACGUAGCAGAAAUGAUCGACUACCUCGAGGAAGCGGGAUCUUUGGAUACGAGUAUGCUGACCGUCGUUGGAUACAGUCUUGGCGCUCAUAUCGGUGGUGAAGCCUGCCGAUCGGCAUCUUCCAACGUCUCGAAUCUCAUGGCUCUAGACCCGGCCGGUCCUCUGUUCUACUUUACGAACACCGAAGCAAGGAUGACUUCGGAGGACGCCGAGUUCGUGGAGGUGAUCCACACGAGCGCCGGACGUCUUGGUUACAACGGAAAGCUGGGUGACGCCGAUUAUUGGCCAAACGGUGGAUUGAAGCAAAGAGGCUGCGGCGCUGACAUUUUUGCCACUUGUGCUCACAGUCGGGCUUAUUUGUACUUCGCCGAGUCGCUUCACGAGAAUGAAUUCGUUGCGAGAGAAUGCAGCAGUUACUUAAAGUACAGACUCGGCCUAUGCAGUUUGAAGAGCAAAAGCACCAUGGGCGGAAGUGUGCUCGCCACAUACUCGACCGGCAAGCACUUCCUCAGGACAAAUAAGAAGUCGCCGUUCUACAGAGGUUAAUUAUCCCUCAGGAAAAAUUUACUUCUCUGUUAUUUAUUUUUCAACUCUGACUAUCCAACUGUUAUUUUGUAAAAACGAAUCUGUAGGUACGCAGCUUUCGGGAUUAAUCGGGCGGAUUACAAAUUAAUCAGGCUUUAAAAUUGCCUGAUCGAGGGUUGAAAAAGUUUAAUUGUAUUUUUCCCGCACUCCGAAAAUUAACGAAAUAAUCUGUGUUUUUUUUUUAAUACACAAAAUGGGAAGAAUAAUAAAUUAUUCUUAAACAAUUUCAAACAGUCAAACUUGG